AUGGCAGCACGCUCGCGGAGACCCUGGCUGAGCGUGGUUCUGGGGCUGGUGCUGGGCUUCACUGCCGCCUCCUGGCUCAUCGCUCCCCGGGUGGCCGAGAUGAGCGAGAAGAAGCGGCGCGGCGCCAGCCUCUGUUCCUACUACGGCCGCGCGGCGGGGCCGGGGGCUGCCGGGGGCGCCGGCGCGGCGGUCGAGCAGCCGGCGGCCGCGGCGGUGCUGGGAGGCACGGGCGUGCGGAGCAGCCCAUGGGAACUGCCGGCGGGAGAGGAAGGCACGGUGUUCAGCCCCGCCGCCGGCGGAGAAGCGGAGCAGGAGGAGGAGGAGGAAGGCGGCGAGAAGCGGAGCGGGCGGCCCGGCGGCAGCCGCAACGGGAGCGGUGACUGGGGAGGCGCGGCGGGCUGCGCCAAGCCUCGCAACUUCCUCUACGUUGGGGUAAUGACGGCCCAGAAGUACCUGGGCAGCCGGGCGGUGGCGGCGCAGCGGACGUGGGCGCCCUCGGUGCCGGGCCGCGUGGAGUUCUUCUCCAGCCAGGGCUCGGCCGCGCCCCCAGGGCUGCCCCUGCUGCCUGUCGUCGCCCUGCCCGGCGUGGACGACUCCUACCCGCCGCAGAAGAAGUCUUUCAUGAUGAUCAAGUACAUGCACGACCACUACCUGGACAAGUACGAGUGGUUCAUGCGGGCGGACGACGACGUCUACAUUAAAGGUGAAAAAUUGGAGGAGUUUCUUCGCUCACUGAACAGCAGUGAGCCUCUGUAUUUGGGACAGACUGGUCUGGGUAACAUUGAAGAACUUGGGAAGCUGGGACUUGAGCCUGGAGAGAAUUUCUGCAUGGGAGGGCCAGGAAUGAUAUUCAGCCGGGAGGUUCUGAGGAGGAUGGUGCCACACAUAGGUGAAUGCCUUCGUGAGAUGUACACCACUCAUGAGGACGUGGAGGUGGGCAGGUGCGUCCGAAGAUUUGGAGGAACGCAGUGUGUUUGGUCCUAUGAGAUGCAGCAAUUGUUCCACGAGAACUAUGAACACAACCGCAUGGGUUAUAUUCAAGACCUUCACAGCAGCAAAAUUCACACAGCUAUAACACUUCAUCCAAACAAAAGGCCAGCCUACCAAUAUAGGCUGCACAAUUACAUACUGAGUCGCAAAAUUUCCGAACUGCGCUAUCGAACCAUUCUUCUCCAUAGGGAACGUGCCCUCAUGAGCAAACUUAGUAACAGCAAAGUAACGAAGGAAGAUCAGCAACUGGGAGUGAUACCAUCUUUCAAUAAUUUCCAGCCACAUGAAAGAUCUGAAGUCAUCGAGUGGGAAUUUCUAACAGGAAAAUUUCUUUACUCGAUGGUAGAGGGCCAACCACCCCGGCAGAGUGUGAGCAGUGUUCUGCGGGCUGCACUAGAUGACACUGUGAUGCAAGUCAUGGAAAUGAUAAAUGAGAACUCUAGGUCUAGAGGAAGACUGAUUGAUUUCAAGGAAAUACAAUAUGGAUACCGCAGGGUGGAUCCUAUGCAUGGGGUGGAGUACAUCCUGGAUUUACUGCUCUUGUACAAAAGGCACAAAGGAAGGAAAGUUACAGUUCCAGUGAGACGUCAUGCUUUCCUUCAGCAACUGUUCAGCAAACCUUUCUUCAGAGAAGCAGAAGAACUAGAUGUAAGAAGCCUGCUGGAGGACACCAAUGCUGACACACAAUCUUUCUCUUUUCUUUCAAAUUCUUUAAAGAUUUUUUCUUCAUCAUUCCAAGGCACCAAAGACAUUGUGGGACACAGUGACAAGAAAAUACAUAUUCUUGUCCCUCUUAUAGGAAGAUUUGACAUUUUCUCAAGAUUUAUGGAAAACUUUGAGAAGACUUGUCUGAUUCCCAGACAGAAUGUAAAGUUGGCAAUAAUUCUCUUCAGUUCUGAGUUAGGACAGGAUUCCAGUAAACACAUAGAGCUGUUUAAAGAAUAUAGCAUGAAGUAUCCUAAAGCAGAUAUGACCCUGGUUCCUAUGGCAGGAAAGUUUUCCAGAGGUUUAGGUCUUGAAAUGGCUUCAUCCCAAUUUGACAAUGGCACUUUGCUGUUGUUCUGUGACGUUGAUCUGAUAUUCACACCAGACUUCCUACAGAGAUGCAGAGAAAACACUAUUCAGGGAGAACAGGUUUACUACCCUAUCAUCUUCAGCCAGUAUGAUCCAAAAGUAAUAUAUGGAGGCAACCCUCCAGCUGACAGUAGUUUUAUUUUCACAAAAAGAACUGGAUUUUGGAGGGAGUAUGGAUUUGGAAUUACAUGUAUUUACAAAAGUGACCUACUUACUGCUGGUGGAUUUGAUACCUCAAUUCAAGGCUGGGGUCUUGAGGAUGUAGACCUCUAUACUAAAGUGAUAACAUCAGGCUUGAAGGCUUUUAGAAGUCAAGAAGUAGGAGUUGUUCAUAUUUUUCACCCAGUUCAUUGUGACCCCAGUUUAGAUCCAAAACAAUACAAAAUGUGCUUAGGAUCCAAAGCAAGUACAUUUGCUUCAACCAUGCAGCUCGCUGAACUCUGGCUAGAGAAAUAUUUGGGUGUCAGAUACAAUCGAACUGUCUCCUGACAUCCCAACCCAUUUGGCCUUUUAAAGGGAGUUUACCUCAUUAUUUUUUUAUUUUGAUGUUGUAUUUUUAAACUCCCUUCUCUUUGUCUUCCAAAGACUGCUGACCUCAAACCAGAUGAGUCUGCUGUUCACUGAUGUUUCUUAUACCUACUGAACUGAUUAGGUGAACUCUUUCAGAUUUCUUUUAUUUGAAAAUCAAUCAAACCAUGGCAAUCACACAAUCUCAUGGAGCACAUCCAUCACAAGAGACUACAUCAGAAGAUUAUUCUUUUUGGCUUUAGGAUACAGUAUCAUCUUUGUUGCAUUUUUCAGACUUGAUGUGAUACAAAUAUUUAAAGUGAAGGUACCACAAAAGUGCUUUAUGCUUCUUCUGGGGAUGGAACUUUGUUAGAUAAACUUGAGUUUUAUAAUUUAUAUGAGGACUUAUAUGUAUAAACACUACUUUUCUUCAUCUUUAGAAUUUUUAAAGUAAGCGAAUAACUAUGAUUGUACCUUUAUUUUUAAAAAGGAAGAAAAACCGAGGAGUUGCUUGCAAAUGCAACUGGUACUGGCUACCAAGUUACCUUAAACGUCUUAUUAGAGUAACAAACUCCUCGAUGUUCUUCACUCUAAGUGUAAAUGAACUUUAUUUUCACAAGGAAAGGAAUUUAAUCUAAUCCUCAUAUACAUUUUAGGAGAUUUCUGAACCAAUGUCCUUCAUUUGCAGACAAGAAGCUAUGACAUAACAUGGUCAUUUAUGGUAAAGUGCAGGCAAACAACAUUCUUUUUUUGAAACAUAUAAGUUGGUGUUUCUUUUUAGAAUGGAUCUCUAAUAUGUAAUUUUCUUUUACAUUCCUCUCAUAAACUGCACUAGAUAGAGAGCGUUAGAAGUUAAAGCUGUAUCUUUUUUUUAUGUUUUCUGUGAAUAUUGGUACUCAGAAACAAUUUGUUGUUAAAAUUAAAGUAAUUGUAGGAUAAUUAUUUAAGUUUCAAAAUUUAUAAUUGCUGGUCAAAAUUCCUUGCCAAUAUAUUUAUAUUAGUGGAGGUUAUAAGACUGUGUUAAAAUCUAUCUCUCUGGACAGCCUGAUGUUGUCGUAUUACUG